AUGCAGCCCCCUGGCCUCGAGGGGCUCCUGGCUGCCGGCGGCUUCGCAGGCGGUCAAGGCAGGAUCCUGCCGCCCCCACCGGCCCUCGGUUGCCCUUCGCCUCCUCCCGGGAUGAACCCCGGUUACCCGACUGAAGAAGCGGCCAAGCCGUGCCUUACGGCCCCCCCCGGCCCCGCCGCCCCGCCUGGUCCCACCGCCUCCGCUCCGUUGCCCUACGGGUACCUGGGUGGGGGUUAUUAUUCGUGCCGAGUCGCCCGCAGCGCCCUCAAAGCCGGCCCGACUCAGGGGCCGUUUCCCCCUGAGAAGUACCUGGACCCCCCCGCGGGCAGCGAGGACUUCCAGAGCCGUCCCGCAGAAUUGGCUUUCUACCCCGGUUACGGUGCACCUUAUCAGCCUGUGGCCGGAUACCUGGACGUGUCGGUGGUGCCGGGGCUGGGCGGUCCAGGAGAGCCGAGGCACGAAGCUUUGCUGCCCGUGGAUGGUUACCAUCAGCCCUGGGCUCUGGGAGGCAGCUGGAGCGGUCAGAUGUGCUGCCCCAAGGAGCAAGGCCAGGCCGGCUACCUCCUGAAAUCCGCUUUUGCAGGUAAAGUCCGUGGGCUGGAGAUGCGGAGGGGCUGUGAGAGGGGUGGUUGGGAGCAAGGCUUAACGUAG